ACCGCGGAGGUAAAAUACGCUGCAAAACUGAAAGUAAGGACAAGUUUUUAUCUCCACAUACAGAUGAAACAGCAGCUUCUGAGGGGAAAAAACGACGCGUCGUAUCAGCUUUGUGUCGGUGUUUUCAACAGGAGAAGUCAGAAAAAUAUUUCUCAAAUAAACCUGAAUCCUCAACAAAAAUAUCAACAAGUCUGAUGUAGCUGCAACGUAAGCUGCAUCAAUAAAUAUUCCCAAAAAUGGAUUAUUGAAGUUUACCAGAAUCUGAGCAGGAUGAGAUUUAAUGGAAAAUAACCUCAACUGGAAACAGAUGACCUGAACACAAAGUAGUGUGUACAAAGACGUCUAUUCAGCACUUUCACAAUGAUUUCCGUUUUGCAGCAUACUUUCAUAAUUGCUGCUAUUUCCUUCCUUAAUUUUGAACUGUGUUGCUGCCUUUGUCGACGAGCUGAAUAUGAGGCAAAUGGAGAAUGCUGCCUCAUGUGUUCACCUGGAAAGCAAGUGUAUAAAAAUUGCACUGAAAUUAUGAGCACAGCCUGUAUACCAUGUGAUGACUCAACUUACACUGAUGAGCCCAAUGGUCUUUCAAAGUGCAUUAGCUGUGCAAUGUGUGAUACGGGUGCAGGAUUAAAAGUAAAAACACCCUGCACACGGAUUUCAAAUACAGUUUGUGAGCCACUAGAGGGAUUUUAUUGCAUAGAUGAGGAAAGGGGCAGCUGUAGACAAGCUGUAGAACACACAAAAUGCAAGCCUGGACAAUACAUAAAGCAGAAAGGAACAGCUGUUAGUGAUGUUGAAUGUGCAUUGUGUCCAGAUGGCACCUACUCCAAUGGUUUCCUUCAGAUGUGUCAAAAACAUACAAAAUGUGAAGAUUUGGGACUUGAAGAAAAAACACCAGGGACAAAUUCUUUAGAUGUUAAAUGUAGAAGGAAAACUCAAGUAGCUCUAAGAGCUGGUAUCCUAUUUGCAGUGGCUCUAAUUGUGCUUAUAGCCGAAGUACUCAUUAUUAAAAUAAGAUGUGAUGAAGCCUCAGUCAGAGGUGAUACUGCUGAUAACACGAGACUUUCAGACAACCAGAAACAUGAAAGUGAUACUUCACGGCUGUUGGUGUGAAAAGAAAGGGUUGAUAUGUGUGCCUUAAGACAAACUCAUCAUGUGGCUUCUUCAGUUGAAAAUGACUGCGGAAAACAAUAUUUUCACAGGCAUGAGUCUGAGUUAGCACCCAAUGGAUAUGGCGUUAUGUGAAUAUGUGUGUUCACAUAAAGAAAAGAAUGUAUUGAUGGUAAAGAUCAUCAUGAUAAAAGACAUUAGGGUACAUUUUUCUCAAGGCAGGGUCUUUCUAAAUAAGGAAAGGAAGUAAAAAGCCCUGACAGAUUUAAAACAUUUAAAAUUAUUAUUUGACUUAACAAAUAAUAACAGAGGUGGGAACAGAGGUGGGAAGUAAUGGGUUACAUUUACUCCGUUAUAUUUACUUAAGUAACUUAAAAAAAAUGCUAAAAAAUAUAUGUUUCUUACAUUUGGUCUGCUGGACACAGUUUAUGGUAAAGUGAGACCUUUUGUACAUAUAUGUUCUAAUGUUAUUUUCUACCUGCUGUUAGUAAACAUACAUAUGUUACCUAGGUAUUUGUUUCAAAAGCUUUAUGUGGUGAAAAACGUGAAAUUAGGAAAUUUCUGUCUCUUGUUUAUUAAUUUGGUAUUUUGUAAAGAUAUUAAGUCAGAAUUUGUACAUUAUUUCAUUAUAUCAUUUUGCGUAGGUGGUUACAAAAAAAUAGCACUUUGGUUGAACAUGAUUUAAUAGUGGACAGGAGUUCCACAUGAUUACACCACAUUAUCUUAAAAACAUUGGAGUUAAACCAACUUGAAAUAUUUGUGUUCAUUUAACAUGAAUAGCUAAUUUUGAUUAAACAUUAUUUACAUAUUUCUAUUUACCUUAAUUUUUUUUUCUUGUUGAACUUCAACUAUUCAUGUUAUACAAAAUGUAUUCCUUGAUGUUAAUCCUAUAUGUUUACAUCGAUUUCAUUGAAUCCCAUUUAAGCAUGUUACAACUACAGUAGAUUAUGUAGUACAUUAUGGUUAUACCAUACUGAAUAGCUGCCCUAUUUUCCCAUGCUUUGGUGACCCUUAAAGACAACUCCAGAGGCAGUAAAAAUGUAAUAAAUCCUUUUUAUCAGGAAACAUAACAGGUGUUAUACUUUCAUAAAACACUAACAAUCUAAUUCACACAUUUAAAAAAAAUGAAAUGUUGGGUUUAAUUAAUUUUUUCCUUGUCAAAAAGUUCCACACAAAUGUCUUUAGCAAACUCAACUAACAUUUGUAAGGGUCUUUACUCACCCAACACUACUGUUACAAGCACUUGAAAAACAAUUGGCACUGUUUCAAAUGCAUUACAGAAAUCGAAAAAUGGUUAAGAUCAUCAUAAUAAAAGACAUUAAGGGUAAAUUUUUCUCAAGGCAUGGUCUUUCUUAAUAAAGGAAAGGAAGUAAAAAGCCUUGACAUAUCUAAAACAUUUCAAAUUAUUAUUUGACUUAACUGUGGUCUUUUUAGUUGUGUAACAAACAGAGGUGGGAAGUAAUAAGUUACAUUUACUCCGUUACAUUUACUUAAGUAACUUUUUUAAAGAAAAAAUGCUAAAAAAAAAUAGAUUUCUUACAUUUGGUCUGCUGGACACAGUUUAUGGUAAAGUGAGACCUUUUGUACAUAUAUGUUCUAAUGUUAUUUUCUACCUGCUGUCAGUAUACUGUUCAAACAUACUGUACAUAUGUUACCUACAGUAAAUAUUUGUUUUAAAAGCCUUAUGUUGUGAUUAGGAAAUUUCUGUCUCUUUUUCAUUAAUUUGGUAUUUUGUAAAGCUAUUUAGUCAGAAUUUGUACAUUAUUUUAUCAUUUUGUGUGGGUGCU